AUGGACCAGUCUAAUGGCAGCAGCAGUGGUGGUUAUGGACCCCGUCCCCCUCCGUACAAUCAUCAGGAUUAUGGACAGAGUUCUUACACAGGGAUGAGCUAUCAGGUAGGGAAGGGCAACGUUGCAGUGGUCUCGCCUCCUGGCACCUAUGACAACAUGGUCCAUCCUGACGGAGCUGGAGGCGUCCAGCAUGAUGGUGAAGCUCCACCUGACUACUCUUAUGGCUUAGAGGAUAGCAGCUUCAGUGAUGCUGCUGUGCGAAGAGGUUUCAUAAGGAAAGUCUACUUGACCCUGAUGAUUCAGCUGCUUGUGACAGUCGGGAUCAUCUGUGCUUUUCUUUAUUGCGACGCUCUCAGGAAAUGGACAUGGGCCAACUACUGGUUCUCCUACACCAUGAUGGCGGCGGUGAUGGUGCUCAUCGUGGCCUUGUCCUGCUGUGGCAACCUCCGUCGUCAAGUCCCCCUCAAUUUCAUUGCCCUGGGCCUGUUUACUGUGGCAGAGGGCCUGAUGCUUGGAUCUGUGGCAGUGUUCUUUGAUGCCGAAGCAGUUCUGUGGGCUGUGGGGGCAACAGCGCUGGUGUCCUUCGCCUUGACUCUGUUUGCUAUGCAGUCAAAGUGGGACUUCACCGCAGCAAAUGGGAGCCUGUGGGUGUUUGCCUGGACCCUCUUUUCAUUUGCAUUGCUUUGUGCAAUCCUGCGAUCACAGUAUGUUUACAUCGUAUACGCCUGCCUUGGAACCUUGCUCUUUUCCUUAUACUUGGUGUUUGAUACCCAGCUUAUCCUGGGUGGGAAACACAGGAGGUAUGAAGUCUCUCCCGAGGAGUACGUGUUUGCUGCUCUCAACCUCUAUUUGGACAUUGUCUCCCUGUUCCUCUUCCUCCUGCAGCUCAUCGGCCUCUGCCGCUAAAACUGAACCUCCAUGAAUGGCCUCCCUUAAGAAACUCUUUUGACAUACAAUAUCUAAUUUUGAGGCGCAUCAUGUAUCUAGAUUCAUAUGGAAUGAAGA